GCUUGUAUUUUCAUUAGCUUCAACCUCAUCUGUAAAUGAGUGAUUUGGGGAAGAAUGUGAGAGUCAGCAAGCAUGUAUCCUGACAGGAUCAGAAAAGAACAGGUUCUUUGCACUGACAUCCCUUCGUCUUGUGUUUUUACUUGCAUUUGGCUUGAUGAUCAUUGUGUGUAUUGAUCAAUGGAAGAGCAAAAUCUGGCCUGAAAUAAAAGUGCCAAGACCCGACGCAUUAGACAAUGAGAGCUGGGGCUUUGUGCACCCUCGGUUGCUCAGCGUGCCCGAGCUCUGCCACCAUGUAGCUGAAGUCUGGGUUAGUGGGACCGUUUUCAUAAGGAAUCUUUUGCUUUUUAAAAAGCAAAACCCAGGCAAGUUCUGCUUGCUGAGCUGUGGGAUACUGACCUUUUUGGCUGUCCUGGGUCGCUACAUCCCUGGCCUCCUGCUGUCCUACUUAAUGCUUGUCACUGUCAUGAUGUGGCCCCUUGCUGUGUAUCACCGACUGUGGGAUCGAGCAUAUGUGCGGCUGAAGCCAGUUCUGCAGCGGCUGGACUUCAGUGUCCGUGGCUACAUGAUGUCCAAGCAGAGAGAGAGGCAAUUGCGCCGCAGAGCUCUGCAUCCAGAACGGGCCAUGGAUAACCACAGUGACAGUGAAGAAGAGCUUGCUGCCUUCUGUCCUCAGCUGGAUGAUUCUACUGUUGCCAGGGAAUUGGCCAUCACAGACUCUGAGCACUCGGAUGCUGAGGUCUCCUGUACAGACAAUGGCACAUUCAAUCUUUCAAGGGGCCAAACACCUCUAACAGAAGGCUCUGAAGACUUAGAUGGUCACAGUGAUCCAGAGGAAUCCUUUGCCAGAGACCUUCCAGACUUCCCUUCUAUUAAUGUGGAUCCUGCUGGCCUGGACGAUGAGGACGACACCAGCAUUGGCAUGCCCAGUUUGAUGCACCGUUCCCCACCGGGGGCUGAGGAGCCCCAGGCGCCCCAGGCGCCCCCUGCCAGUCGGGAUGAGGCUGCACUGCCAGAGCUCCUGCUUGGUGCUCUGCCUGUAGGAUCCAACCUCACCAGCAACCUUGCCAGUCUGGUCUCCCAGGGUAUGAUCCAGCUGGCCUUAUCAGGGGCCUCCCAGCCUGGCCCUUCUGGCCCACCUUCCCGGAGAGCAACAAGAGGCUUCCUCCGGUCCCCCAGUUCAGACCUGGACACUGACGCUGAGGGGGAUGACUUUGAACUUCUGGAUCAGUCAGAACUAAAUCAGCUGGACCCUGCCAGUUCCAGGAGCCACUGAGGUAGAGACUCCUUUUGGGGGUCACCGUGGUUUAGGUUUUUUUUCUCCCCAUCCCACUUAAGGUGAACGGGACAAGGGAAGAACCCAGCUCCCAUCCCCUGAAUUAUAUUCGUAUGCUGGGUGGCCUGACUGAUGCUCAGAGGCCUGCUUAUAGAGGAUACUCACUCCCCUGCUACCAGCUGGACACACAUUUCUGAGCUCAGUCACUGAAGUGAGAGUGUGCUCCCCUGAAGGAGGCUUCUCUCCUUCAGGAUGAUAUUUUGGGGGAACAAAGUAGUCAGGGAUAUUGGUUCCCCUUUGAGGAGGUGCUGCUGUUUGCUUUUAGGUAUGGGUGCUCAGAGGCCCUCACUGGUAAAGGAGCCCAUCCCUUCCUCCGUUCAUCACCUCCAUAUAGCCCCAGAAGUCAUGCAGCAGCUAUAAGAGUUACGUUGUUAUCAUUUUCUUUUGUUAAACCAGGAUUUGAUUUGUUUUUUUAAAGCAAGCUUGUGCUUUGGUUGUGCAGAACAGGCUUGCUCCCUCUCCUCUAGCCCAUCCUCAUUUUUCGAGGCCUGACCCUCAGUGCUCCGAAGUAUUGCUUGUGAAAUUUAAGAAAUGUGAACAUGUUGUGGGGAUGGGCCUCUCCUACAUCACCUUGGGCCAUGGGAGUCAGAUGGCUGGGAGGGUUAGUGAAUGCCUCUGUGUCUUGAGAUUCUCUAUCACUGAAUCUUCUGGAGCUGUGUGGUUGUCUUUGGUGCUGCUAACCCCUGGCUCCAUUUGACCAUCAGCCUGAGCAGUGAGCAAAGCAAUACCAUACCCAUUUCUAUGUUCCUGGUCCUUCCCCUGCUUCUCCUUUGGAGAAGCAAUAAUUCCAUGGGGGAUGGCAAAGUAGCACUUUACAAAUGGCUCCGUGGCAUUCAUCCCAGGAGCCACAAGCUCUUCUUCCACCAGCUGUUCUUACUCCCUGCUCAGCUACUUUACUGCUUUGAUUUUCAUCUGCUUCCCAACCUGGCAGGGCCUCCUUUAAGGAUGAGCCCAGUUAGCAAAAAUGUGUCUGUAGUCAGCAGAGACCCCUUUGAGGGGUAUCUAUUCUGCGGCCCCUAGUAAAAUCAUGAGACAAAAACCCAAAAAUGGUAGUUGGUUUUAAACCUGUGCCAGCCUACAGCCUCUCUCUGCCUCCCCAGUCAGAGCUCAAGCCAAACUCCUCUAUCCUCGUUCUUUCUGCAUUAACCCUUUGCUGAUCCUCAGGGACCACUCCCCCAACACCCCCAUACUUGGGUGAGGGAUGUUGGACAGAGCCUAUUUCACAUGCUGCAGGUGGGGGUGUGCUGACAUGUUUGCUCUUGGUUAAUGGACAAGGUACAGAGGCCAGGGAGUGAAAAUGGUUAACAGUGAGAAGGGAGAAGAGCUGGUGUCUAUCUCAUAGUCACCUUUGUGUGACCGUCAGGGUUAGUGGCAUUCCCCUACUUUAGAGUUCUUAGAUUUUGUACACUUCCUGUCUUCUCAGAGCCCAGAUGUCUUACACGUGAGCUCCUGAUUUGGAAAAACAGGUGUGGAAAGAAGUGGGAUUUUGUGAGUUUGCAUGAGUGUGUGUAGGUUCAGGCCUUGGGAGUUGGCAAGAGGAGGGAGGGAAGGAAGGAGAGCAAAACCUUCAGAAGGUGUUUCUUGUACCUGGUGGAUCGUGCUCUGAAUCUCCUUAGUCCUCCACUGUGAAUUGGGGGGGGGGGCUGCUGGGGAAUAAAUCUUAUAU